AUGAUUAUUUAAUUCCAGGUAAUUCUCCUCUACCUCUAAUUUGCAAAUUGUGAAUGGCUAUAGUUAGCAUAAUACCUCACGACUAAUAAGACGUUCAACAAUUUGGAUACAGAUGGAUUUAUAAAUAUCGAUGGAGACAAUAUCGGUUACUCUUAAUAUAUUAGUUGUGGUGAAAAUGGCAGCUAUAUUGUAUUAAAUCAAUCUCAAAGAAAUGUUUAAAACAAUAACUAAUUUUAUUGGAGUUAUUAAAUGUAUUUUAUCACAUUUGAGUUAAUAUUUUAUAAUUCUUGGAAAACCGGAGAUUUUGUAAAUUAUUCAUUCGGAUCUAACACAUUUAAGUUUGAUAGUAAUCCUAUUUCAGUUCCAUAAUAUUAUGAUUGGAAAUGCAUAAAUCAAAAAAGUUUUUAGUAAGUCUUAAAUGCGACCGUCGAUACUAAAUAUGUAUCUGGAUAUCAUAGCUUUAAUAUUUCAACAAGUUAAGGAAAUUUAGCCAUAAAAAAUCUUAUUAUUUCAGGAUUAAGAUGCUCCCCAUAUUGUUUGACUUGUUCUGGUGUAUCUGCUGAUCAAUGUUUAACAUGUGUUAUUUCUGGUAGCGCAAUUCCAAAUUGCCAAUAAACAGAAUGCGCGAUUGCAACACCUUAUAUAGUUAGGAAUUAAGCCUGUUUUAAAAAGUGCCAUAUUGAUUAAGCACUUUAUUUCAAAAGAUCAUGUGUUCCAUAUCCAAUCGCUUUGUUUAUGAAUCUAUAUAUAUCUCAAAAUACAACUCUGUUAUAAAAUAGAUGGUAACCCAUUUAUGAUAGAGAAAGUCCUGGAGCAGAUCCGUUAAAUAAUAUAGCUUUCGAAAAUUAUUAUAUUUAUGGAAUAUUUAAACACAAAUAAGGUUAUUUGAGUACACUUAAUUUGACUGAUUAAGGGACAUACUUAAUUGGAAUAAGAAUAGAAUUAAUACUUUUUAAUGCAAUGCCAGAUAAAAGUAGUAUAUCUUUAUAAAUAAAUGGAACUUACAAGGCACAUAUCUAUAAAGACGGAAGUGGGUUGAAAUUCGAUUAAUUUAUGAUUUAAAAUCAAGAAUCCAAGCCUGAUUUUACAUAUUCUGAUAUUUCCUACAAUAGCAACUAUUAUUAUGUAUUAUAUACAUAUGUAAAUAUUUCAAACUAUUUCAUAAUCAAAUUAGUCGGCAAUUAUCCUGCAUCAUCUUCAGCAGGUUGGGGAAUUCGGAGUAUAUAGAUUUCAUCAGGAUAAUGUCCACAAAAUUGUUAAAAAUGCGAUUCUUAGUUUAAAUGUUCAAUAUGCAAACAGAAUUAAUGGAUAACUGCAUCUGGCCAAUGCAGUAGCUGUUCGGAGAAUUACUAAAAAAAAAUUAAUGCUACUUAUUGUUAAGGACUAGACGAUUAAACUCCAUAUUCUGAAUACCUAGUGAAAGAGUUCAUAGAUUUAUCCAUAAAUCCUGAAACAUACAAAUAUUACGAAUUAUUACAUCAAUAAGGAUCUAACUUUUUCAAAGGGGAAGGAAUAUUUUAUUCUAUUUGGAAUUAGAAAUUUAGAAUAUUUGGAGGGCCAUAGAUUUGGGCAUAAGCAAAGUUUUAAAGGAUCUAUGAAAUAAAUGAUCCUCAUCAUAGUGUAUCAUUUGCCUUUAUUAUUAUUUUUGGUCCGACUUUUCCAGAAAAUGGAUUGUUCAUCUUUUACUUAGAAAAUUAAAUUUAAUUUGAGAUUACUUCUACUGAUCAAGAAAUAACUUUUGAAUAUCUGUAUCUCCACACAGCUAAAACUUUAAAUGUUCAAUGGGAAUGCAAGGGUCCAAAUAAUGAACCAUUUAAUGCAUAUUGUGGAUUUUAUAAGUACUAUCUUGCUGUUCAUUAUUGUUAACCUGGUUGUUAGUCAUGUACAAAUUAAAAUGUUUGUUCAACAACUAUCACUCCUGCGAGCUGUUUAGAUGGUAAAUAUUUAGAUAUCUAUAAAAAUGAAUGUAAGUAGUGUUCAAAGAAUUGUAAACUAUGUACUUCAUUGUAGAAUUGUCAAGAAUGCUUGGAUGGCUAUAUAGAUCCUUCUUUAGGCUGCAUUUGUGAUAUAAAAAAAUUCGAAGAUACUAGUGGAUGUUCAGAUUGCAGUUAAGAUUGCAAUUAAUGUAUAAAUCAAAUAUUUUGUUUGGAAUGUAGGCCUGGUAGCUUUAAAGUGCUAGUGAAUAAUGAAUGUGUAUGUUAAGAUGGCUACUUUGAUGAUUCUACAGUAUGCAAAAAUUGUAUAACAAAUUGUAAGAAAUGCACAAACAAUUCAGAUUGCAGUGAAUGCUUUGAAGGAUUCAUAAAAAGAGAUCCAGUUUAAUGUGAUUAAGAUUCUAAUUUUUAUUAAUCUACUCUCCUUUAACAAAUGUUUCCUUGUCCUACUAAUGGUAGUUGCAAUCCUUGUUCAUCAAAUAGUAAUUGUAAUUGUGGUGAUCAAAUAAUAUACGAUUCUGAAUAGUGUGAUGAUGGUAAUUAAAUAGAACAUGAUGGUUGCCAUAAUUGCUAAUUUUCAGUUUAAGUAGAGUGUACGAUGUAGAUUAAUGGAAAAUGCCAUGAAUGUGCAACUUUAGGAUGGUAUUUGGAUUAAACUACUUUCACUUGUAAGGAAUAAUGUAGGGAUGGACUUAAAGUAGGGACCGAAUAAUGUGAUGAUGCCACUGAUAAUACAAAUUGUUUUAAUUGUCGGUUUUUUUGUAAAAGUGAUUGUCAAAGCUGUGAUUUGACCAAAGGUGUUUGUACAAAAUGCAGAGAAGGUUUGGAAAUAGAAAAAAAUUAUUGCAAAAAUAAAUGUGGAGACGGUAUCAUUGUGUCAGCUCCAGAUAUUGAUUAUUACGAAGAAUGUGAUGAUGCUAAUAACUAGGAUAACGAUGGUUGUAGUAAAGGGUGCAAGUUUUAAUGUUAAAAUAUUAGUAUUUGUAAAAUUUGUUUGAAUAAUUAAUGCUAAUAGUGUUAAUAUGGAUAUUUCCUAAAUAAGAUCAUGAAUAAAUGCGAAUGUGGAUUAUCUUGCCUUUCUUGUGAUUAUUCCUUUGGAAAAGGAUGCACUCAAUGUUAACAUGGGUAUGAAUUAAGGAAUAAGAUUUGCUAUCCAAUUUGUGGUGACUCUUACGUUACUUCUCAUGAGUAAUGUGAUGACGGUAAUAUGAAUAUUGAAGAUGGGUGUCAUUAAUGUUAGUACACUUGUGAAUAAACCUGCGAAUUAUGUUUGUUUGGAGAAUGUCUAUCGUGUUAUGAGAAGUAUUAACUCUAAAAUGGAAGAUGCCAACUAUUAAUUCUUCCUUAUUUGAAUUAAAGUGAGGAAGGGAUAGUGAAAGUAACUCUGUCUUAUGAAGAGUAACUCAAUCUAUUGAAAGAUUAAUAUUAUGAUUUUGAUUUAUUUGAGAAUUGUACCUAGAACAAUUGCAAUACAUAUAUAUCCUAUCUGGAUUUAGUGUAUUUGUUUCACAGAAUAAGAGUUGAUCUUCAAGGAAAUGAAGUGUCAGAGAAUUACAUUGAAAAAUAUGAACAAACUUGUCCAAUUAAUUGUGAAUCUUGUUUUCAUGGUUUGUGUAUCACUUGCACAUUAGGAUACCAUUUAGAUUUAGACAAUGACACUUGUAAUCCUAUUUGUGGUGAUCAAUACAUCACAAUUGAAGAGUUAUGUGAUGAUGGAAAUAAUAUCAUUUAAGAUGGAUGUUUCAAUUGUCAAUACUAAUGUUAAGAGGUGUGCACAAAUUGUUAAUAUGGAAGAUGCAAAGCAUGCAUUGAAUCCUAUUUUUUUGAUAUCAAGAAAGGUAGAUGUUUGGAAAGAACGAUUUGCUUUGAAUCAUAAGGAUAUUAUUAUGAUGGCAAAUAGAAUAAUUGCUAUUCAAAAUGUGGGGAUUCUAUAAAAGCAGGAAAAGAACAAUGUGAUGAUGGAAAUGUUACUCCCUAUGAUGGAUGCUUUGAGUGUCAAUAUUAAUGUGAAUUAUUAUGUUAGACUUGUUAACAAGGUAGAUGUGUUGAUUGUUAAAUUGGUUAUAAAUUAUCAAUGGACAAAUGUAUAACAGAUUGUGGAGAUGGAUUGAUACUUGGUUCUGAAUAGUGUGAUGAUGUUAAUACUAUACCAAGAGAUGGAUGCACUAAUUGCCUAAUUGACCCUGGAUUUAAUUGCAUAACAUUAGAUAAAAAGAGCUAUUGUUACACUUGUAAAUCUUAUUGUAAUAAAUGCGAGUACAUUAAUGGUUAGAUAAAUUGUAUCAGUUGUUAGAAAGGAUAUUUCUUAGCAAGUAACGAGUGUAUUAAAUGCUCAGAUUAAUGUGAAGAAUGUCUAAAUAGUCCUAAUAAUUGUAUUAACUGUAAAAUAGAAAAUUGUUAAAAAUGUGAUAAUAAAGAAGGAUUCUAUAGUGAUUUUAAACUCAAAAAAUGUAUUACCAAAUGCGGUGAUAUGAUAGUUGCUGGUCAAGAAUAAUGCGAUGAUGGCAAUAUCAUAAAUAAUGAUGGCUGCAAUUCUUAAUGCGAAUUCGAAAAAGGAUUCACGUGUUACAAUAAUCUCUGUUAAAAGAUUCAAUAGAAAUAUAUAGAAUUUAAUUAUUCCAACACCACUACUACUAACUGUUUGCACUUGAAGGGAGAUUUAGAUUUUAAAUCUAUUUGUCCCAAAAUUACAAGUGAAAUUGAUUUAUUUGCAACAUAUGAAUUCAAUUACACACUAACUCCAUUUGAGAUUAAUAAAACAUAAAGCCAGUAUGGAUGUGAAAUCUAGUUUCAAUUCUUCAAAACCAUUACGGAAACCAACCUAAUCCAUUUGAUAAUCCCAUUGAGUGUUGACGGAUAAAGACUGUUGGAUGAAUACAGAAUUACCAUCAUUCCAAGAAAAUAGAUCUACUAUAGUUAAGAACAAAAAUAAUAAGCCGAGAGUGUUGUUGCCACAUCCAAUAAAUUUUAACUCCUACUAUAAUUCACUGGCCCAAUUUCAAUCCUCCUUGGAGGCAUCAGCUUUUUUUGGACUAUCCUUGAAAUCCUUACUUGGAUUAAUAAUUUCUAUUUUCUUAACAUAGAGUAUCCUCUCAAUGUUAAGAUAUUCUUUUAAAAAUUUUAAUGGGAUGAUAUAUUUUAUAUUCCAGAUUUUGUUUCCUUGAAUACACCAAAUGAUCCAUUCUACUUUUAACCCCCGCUCAAAUUUCAAGAAAAGAAUGUCAAUCCUUUAUUUAUCAAAAAUAUCCAAAUAUUCAGUUGCUUAAUUUCCAUAGCUAUUAUAAUCUAUUUCAUAUCUAUUAUUACAAUUAAAUUGUUCAAACUCAAGUUGAGAUCCAAUCAAUUUUUGAGUCAUAAAAUAUAUAUUUUCACAAAGUGUUAAUUAGAAAACUAAUAGCCUAAUACUACACAAAAUAAGCAAAGUCAAGCUCUCAAUAAAAACGUAAAAAAUCUUCCUUAUUUUGCUUUACUGAUUUUUACAACUGCUCUUGAUUAUUAAUACAAUUUUUGGUCUAAAAUUCAAUCAAUCAUAAACUUGUUAUUACUGGAUAUAUUUAUGGCUUGCAUCCUAUAAUUAUACUGCCCAAAACCCAAUAAUCAUUAUAUUAUUGUAAUUAACAAUUUUUUAGCUGUUUGCUUCUUAAUCCUUAGUUUAGUGAUUUAUUAUGUUUACCUGUAUGUAAGCUCUAAGCAUUAGUUGCUUUUGAAUCACUCAAUAUUUAAAAAGAAAUACCUAUCUAUUUAUGAAGCACUGAACUUUAAAAAUAAAACUGCCUUGCGAUAUUGCUACUUUAAUAUGAUCAGAAAAUUUGCCUUCAUUCUCUUCCUUGUGGUGUUAUACGACAAACCAAUAAUUUAAACAACUUUUUGUUGUUUAUCUUGCUUUAUGAAUCUGGCCUUUUUGUUCUAUUAAAAUCCUUUUAACUCAAAAAGUGUAUUUAUUUAAAUAGGAAUUCCUGAAGUUUGCAUCUUCUUCAUUGUAUCACUAGCAGUGGUCAUAGCAUUUAAUGAUUUACACAAUAUUCUAAGUGAUGCUGCAAAAUAACUGAUUGGGUGGAUGAUAAUUGUUCUAAUGUCGCUUUCAAUUGCAAUCUAAAUGAUAUUCCUGCUGAUAGAAUUUUAUCAUAGAUUGAAAUCCAAUUUUAAAAGUCUCAAAUAUCUUAUUUGCCCAUAAAAAUAGUAAUCAUGA